UUCAGAAUUGAACCCAGGAAAGCAUCAGAUCCGCCCAGCUACCAGCCUAAGUGCUGCUGCUGUCUCUUGCUAAUUUACUUAAUUGUUGCAAGCGUUAAAAUAAUCAUGUAAAUCAUGCCAUGGUAUUUGUAGGAAUCCAGUUCUAGAAGCUUACUGACCAAAAAAACCCUAAGGUGUGGGGAGGGGUUGGGGAGGUGCGGCGGAAAGUACAUGUGUGUUUUUAUUACUGAAUUUAGAAAUCAUGGAGAAUGAAAAAGCAUGCGCAAAACAUUACGGAUCUCUUGAAUCAACUACGUGGAGUGCAGUCGUUGAAAAAGAGCAAUCAAUUGCAUGUUACCCAGUACAAAUGACAAAAUCAUCAACAGCAAUUCACCCGGCAAAAUUAACUUUUCAGGAUUGAUCAUCAGACUUCCAUUUAUUGAGAAUAUCUUUCCAAAGAACCACUGUUUUCAUUUGGCUUUUAACUUGUUUACUGAAGGAGUGAAAGUCCUCUAUCAUAGCCAAUGCACUGACAUAAUGUAGAAAGCCUUUUGCACCUUACUGCAAGACAGAUAUUAUAUCAAUGGCCGAUUCUACCAUAACAGUGGAUGACAUUGAGGAUGAGCUAUUUAAAAUUGAACGGAUAAGAGAUAUAUUGGUUCGAAGAGAAUCUGAACUCCGAUAUAUGAUGGAUGACAUACAGCUGUGUAAAGAAAUAACCCGACUUAAGAAAGAGCUGCAGAAACUGGUAUCGAUACCAGAUAAGGACAAAUCAAAUGAGGAUAAGCAAAAGGAAGAAGAAUUACUGCAGCAGAUCCAUAAAUUGGUAGAGACAAGAGACUUUCUUGUGGAUGAUGUUGAAUUUGAACGACUGAGAGAAAGAGAAGAAGACAAAGAAAUGGCUGAUUUCUUGCAGACAAAAUUAUCAAAGACCAGCUCUAAAAAAACAACAGAACAUGAAUUUGUGGCAAUUCCCCAGCAGUUAUGCUGGGGAACAGCUGCGAUGGAGAGGGAUGCUGCAAAGGAAAGAAAAAUGACAUCCAGAGCACAGCAGACAUCUAAACCUUUCAUGACAAAGACUGGGCUGACCCUGCUCAAAGAAUGCUGUGGAUUCACCUGCUCCAUCAUGUAAAAGUCAAAGGUUGUAAAAAACUGAAUAUGUUGCAGGGAUCUCUACAGAAGUCUGCAUAGGAUUAUGAAUAUUUCAGUGGUGUAUCAUCCCAUACUGAUAAUUGUGUAAAUCUGGGUCCCAUUCAUACAUGGCAAUGUGAUUUAUUUAUGGGACUAACAGCCAGUGACCAAGGUACUGUGGGAGGUCUUUCAGCCCUUCGAGCUAUUCCACUAUUCAAUAAGACAAUGGCUGGUCUAAAUAUUACCUUCAAUUAUCUUCCCUUGAUUCAUUUCUUCUCUUAAUAGCAAUCUGUGAAUCUUAGUCAUGAUACAUUUGAUUGACCCACCAUCCACUACACUGCAGAUUUCCACUGCACAUUGUGUGAAGAGUGCUUUUUGAUCUGACUCCUGAAUGCCCAGCUCUAAAUGUAGUGACUCUAAAUUCCACACCAGGAGAAAUUGUUCCUGCUCCAUUGAAGCCUUUUAUCACAUCAAACACCUCAGUUCGAUUACCCCCUACCUUUUAAAUGCAAGAGGAUACAAGUCACAUUUAUGCAAUCUAUUUUCACAUUUUAACUCUUUAAACCCUGGUAUCAUUCUAGUGAAUCCCCUUUAAGGACUGUGGUCAACACAGAACUUUGUAUCCUGAUGUGGUCUGGCCACUGAUAAAGAUCAGCAUUCCAUUUGUCCUUGUAAUUUCUUUGUGGUUUUGCACUAGCCUUCAGUGAAUUGUCUGCCCAGGGACCCAAAUCCAUUUUGCUCUUUAACAGUUCCCAGUUUUUCUUUAUUACAAAAUUAUUAUUUCUUGGAAAAUGACCUCACAUUUCUUCUCCUCCCUGAUCCAACUGGCCCCUAUCACUCUAUCUCUUUCCCCUCCCCCACCAUCUCCGUCUGCCAAUCACCCACACACUCUUCCCAUUGCUUCCCCUCCCCACCUCGCACCUUUUAUUCUGUGCUCCACCAUCCUCCUAUCAGAUUCCACCUUCAGCCCUUUGUCACUUCCACCUAGCACCUCCCAGCUUCUGACAUCAUUCCCACUCUCCUUCCUUCCUCAUCUGCCUCUCACCCCACUCACCUGGAUCCACCUAGCACCCACCAGCUCUUGCUCCACCCCUUCCCUCCAGCUUUUUAUACUGGCCAUCUCCCCACUUUCCAGUCCAGAUGAAGGGUCUCGACCCAAAACAUCAACUGUCCAUUUCCCUCCAUAGAUGCCACCCGACCCACAGAGUUCCAGCGCCUUUUGUGUGUUGCUUCACAUUUCCUCACGUUGGUUCGUCUUCCAUAGAGUUCAUGUGUAACCUGUUAAUGUCCUCCUUUAACAUUCUCCUUGCAUCUAACAACCCAGUGUGCCUCCUGAACUUGGGUCUUCUGCAAACUUGGAUAUACAGUUUUGCAAUUGUAUCCAGUGAAAGUUGAGGACUUAGUACUUAUGCCUGAUGUACAUUUGUCACAACAGAUUACAUGUCAUUUACACCUGUUUGUUCCUUACCUCCUGAUCAACCACAAAUUCCAUCAGAAGAAGAGUGAGCAGGCAGUCCUAGAUCAUAGCAGAUGUAAGCUGUAGGAAAGUAGAAAGCCUACUCUCUCCUUUCAGAUUACAACCCCCUUUUUCAAACCUAGGGCUGACCUAAGACUAUAAUUUCUCCAUUGGUGCCUCACUUAAGGUCUAUCUGCAUCUCCAGGCACACCAGCAAAUGUUCCACGAUACUGCUAUCCCACCAAUAAAAUGAUCAUUUGCUUUAACUUGUCCUAUUUAGCCUGCAGUGCUGAUGUUUACAUCCCAGUGUUAAGUGAGAUCUUACAAACGUGUCAUUUUCUCUUUGACAAGGUGAUGAUCUUUCUUCUGAACGGAACUCUAUGGGCUUGAUUGAGUAUUUUUAUUCAUUCAUGAAUUGCAUACACAGCAAGUUUUUUUUUGCAGAGCAACACAUGAAAAAUGCUGGAGGAACUCAGUAGGUCAGGAAGCAUCUAUGGAGGGAAAUGAACAAUCAGCGUUUUGGGACAAGACCCUUCAUUUUUGCUGUACUUGAAGAGUCCCUUGUGUCUACACGUGAUUUUGAUCCAACUUUUUUUUCAAAUGUCACAUCACCUAUAUGGGUAAAAGAAUUUAUCACCUCCCCUCUUGAUCCUGAUGAAGGGUCUCAACCAAAACGUCGACUGUUUAUUGCCCUCCAUGGAUGCUGCCUGACCUCCUGAAUUCCUCCAGCAUUUUGUGUGUGUGUUGCUCCAGAUUUCCAACAUCUGAAGAAUCUCUUGUGUCUCCAUUUUGAUGUAAUGGUACUCACUUGUUCCUUAUUUCCAUGUAGUUUUGGGAGAUUGAAGUGCACCCUGUGCACCAUGAUAAAAAUGACUGUAUUUACUCACUGUUUUCAUAGGAUGGGAUGAUAGGAUAGUAUGUCCCAAUGGUUUUGAAGAGCAGUCCAUAUAGUCUCACAUUUCUACUGUUACCCCAUACCUGUAUCUUUUCUCCUUCAUUUUCACCUGUUGUUUCCAGCACUGCAUUCCAGUCACCCAGUGCAACUCCAUUUCAUAAUCUAACCCUUUCAGUGCUGGACUAUCCCAUGCUUCACGGAUGUAAACAACUGUUCCAGAGUCUCAGUAACUUUGGGGAAAAAUAAAACCAUUGACUUUACCUUGCAUUUUGAUUAUAAAACACAGCUGUCAACUUGGGAAAGAGCCAAAGGUCAGAUUUCAAUAUGUAUUUUACUUAUAUAUUCAUAUGCACUUUAAUGAUAAUGUGGAACGGAAUACCUUGUUUAAUAAAAGCAAACUGGGGAACAAGCUAAA